AUGGACCAAACCUUCCGAUAUGGUGAAUUUACCAAGGAACAGAAGGUAAAUUAUGCGGUGCGAAAGUUCGACAAGGAAGCACUCGAGUUGUGGGACACUAUUGAUGCACGACUCAUUGAGGUCACUCGGAGGGCUAUGACUUGGGAAAUUCUUAGUAAGAAAGUGAAAGAUCAUUUAUGUAGUGAAGGUAGCAUACAACAGGCCCAAUGGGAGUUUUUGAAUAUUCAGAAAGGUAGCAUGACGAUUGCUAAGUAUAACACCACCUUUACUAAGAAGUCACAGUUCGCUACUGAUUACUGCCCGACCGAGGAGAAGUUCAUUCGUCACUAUGUUGAAGGGUUACCAUUUGAGUACCGUGCAUUUGUGAGAUUGAAGACCACUUUAGUCGAGGCCAUGGAUGAGGCCCGCAAGAUAGAGAAUGAUAUAGCUAUCCGGGAUCGUACCACAGCGAGGUCCACGGAGAAACACAAGUGGGAGGGUCAAUCGGGGUCCUUUGAGAAGCAGAAACUUCAGAAGAAGGGUGAAAAAUCAACAUUUUGUAAGAAGUGUCACUCUUCUCAUGGAGGUCCAUGUAGUAGCAGUACCAAGAGUUGUAAGCGAUGUGGUAAGGUGAGACACCAUUAUGAAGAUUGUAAGAGUGUUGAACCUUUGUGCUACAACUGUCGUCAAAUGGGACAUAUCAGUACGCAAUGUCCUAACCCCAAGGUCCAGAUGGGAGUUGAUGAGAAGAAAGAUGAAGCGCCAAAGGUGAAAGCUCGUGCUUUCAAUAUGACAACUGAUAAGUUAUAG